CGCCUCCCGUCAAAACGUCAAAACGUCUCCGCAUUGCACUCAUGACAGCCUUAUCGUCCUGUCUCCUCUCGUUCGUUCGAGAUGUUUUCGCAUUUUCUCUUGUCCAUAUUGAUAUUUUCCGUCUCCGUCGUUUCAGGACCUUUAUUAUAUGAGAACGAUAAUAUUCUUGGUGCAAACUGGACCAACGGAAGCUUAGAUCAGGAGGAAGGCUACGGUGUCCAUCCAUGGAAAGAAUGGAGUCCAGCGGGGAACGCAUCGCAGCCCGUGAAUCUAACGAUACUACCGGACAAUAUAGCAGCGCUGAUUUUUCCUGUACCGUUGAACGACACUGGACCUCAGAAUAUUGCUGCAAGAUUCGCGCUAGCAAGAACGAUUUUAUCAAACGAGUACAAUAGCGGAGGAAUAGGAUGCAUGUACCCAUUGAGCGGAUCUUACGAUUUCUUGACCAGAGUACUCUUCUAUCUGUUAAUGUUCUUUGCACUGCUAUAUCGUCGUCAUUCGUGGGUUGCCGUGGCUGCCCUCGGCACGGCAAUGACCUAUUCUGCGACAACAGCGGUGCAUGCUUUGGCGCUCCUCACCCAGUUCGGGUGGCACAAUGGGCGCCCCAAUCCAGAAUCAUCGAAGGACUAUGGAGAUACAGAUAUUUUGGGCACAUAUCCGAUUUUGCUCACGGCGCUGGUCAUGGUCACGCCGAUUCUUAACUGGUCCGCUAACGUCCGUCGUGACAAGGCGCAAAUCAUAUUGAUACUAUGGGGCAUGCUUUCAUUUGCAGCACUGGUUCCCGUCAUGGUAUACAUCUCUCAGACCGCGGGAGGGACUGACUUUCGUUCAUGGAGUCUGAAUGGCAUGGGAGCACUCAUGCUUUGUCCUCGAUCAGUAGCAGAAGAUAAUCUCGACUGCGCGCUUACUUCGUACCCUACGCGCAAGCAGUACGAACAGUGCGAAUGCAUUGAUUUCUGUGCGCUCUUGGGACCUACCGCACCCAUGAGACACGGUGCCUCCAUGGUUCCUAUGUUCACGCAUCCGUUCAUCAUCGACUUGUCCAACAACACCGUCUUCAUGUUCGUCAAUUACUGGAGCCAAGCCCUCGCUGCCAUGAUUGUUUGCUUUGGAGGUAUCCAACUGAUCCUUAACUUCUUCAACCUCCGAGAGAUGCGCGAUCUAUUCCUCCGCAUGUUCUACAAGCCGGGACUCACGACUCUUAUGCGAAUAGGUCGGGCGAAAAGCACAAGUGCGAUUCUUGUCAACCACGACGUUGAUAGCUUUCGCUCGGCUCGAGCAAGUCCUUGGUUCAUGGUUGUCAAGACCAUUGCGGCACUCUAUUAUCUGCUCGGAGUUUUCAUCGGCUUCAUUUCCCCCCUAAUCCUUCUGGUGAUCAUAGGAGUCGUUGAGACUGGCAUAUUCCUAGCCCCCGAAAGCGAGGAGAAUGACGCCGUAGGGGCAUGGAGUCCCUGGGUCGGAGCCGCAAUCAUAAUCCUAGUAGCCAUCGUCCUACAUUUCCAAGAUCACUGGCAGCAUCUACUACGUGUCUUUGGCUACUGGUUCCUACGAAUAGCCGGAUUUGGCGGACUCGUCGAGAAACUGGAGGAACAACGACCCGAGCCUCCCAGCAAGAAUGUGGGCGUCCUCACUCGGAUCCGCAAUUUCUUCACGCAUUUAUUCAAAUGCAGCGUGUACGGAGCAUUCUGCACCGUCCGGUCGACCCUCAAGGAAUACAACUCCUGGCUUCGUGCACCUCCACCACAUCCGCAGCUGUGCGGCUGCGACAGAUGCAUCGAGUACAGGAACCUCAUCCGCAAGACUCGAGAGCUAGAUGACCACGCGAACACAUGCCCAUGCGACAAGUGCUACGCAUUCCGGGACCAAGUCGACAACCUCACCAAAGACCACGAUUCCAUAGACGGGGGGAAUAUAAGAAAAGUGAAGAAAUGCGGCUGUGAAAUGUGUUCAUUGCAGCGAGAGCAGGCACACUGGAAGCGGCGUAUUGUCGAUCAGCGCCCGUGCGAGCACUGCGAGCCGGAAUACGAAGCCAUCUCCAAUCCUGCGGGAAAGCCUGCAGAUGAUGUGAAGUACGAGAGUAGGGGGUAUCAGACUUUGGGUAUCCGCCUUUGGCGGCGGUUCGAUAGGGUUAUGAUUAAUCUGCUUGAGGAAGCGGAUAACCAGCGCCGACAACGUCCUAGCCAGACGUCUAUUAAGCCGUCGCCAACGGUUGGAACUGAAAUGAUAACGAUGCCAGCGAGUCCGAAGUCUGCGGCAUCUGUCAGUCCACCCGUGUCUCCUAGGAGCUCUAUUGCGUCUGUUCGUAGCCAGCCAAGUAACCCACCCGCCCCUGCUGCAAGUAGUAGCACAAGUCGGAUUAAUCAGACGACACCCUGAACAGCGAUAAGCAAUUCCUUUUUUUUCUUAGUUGGCUUCGGGGUUAAGGGGUGGCAGGGCAAUUCCUUUUCAGGCACAGCAUUUCUUAAUACCCCAAAGAUUAGCAUUUUCCCGAUCAAAAUGCAACAUAUUCUCGCAUAUAGAUACACGAUCAACAAGUAGAUGCAAAUACAAACUAGCAUGCAAAGUCUGAAAAAUGUACAAACCUCGAUUUUCUUCAAGUCUAUCUUCUGAAGAUGACCAUUCUUUUCAUUAGUAAUACUCUCCUCAAACAUUUGUUUCUAAAAUAAGAUGAACUGGAUUGGUCAGUCUAG